CGUCGCCCCUGAAUCUCGUGUUCGCUUCCCUUUCUCUCGGGCCCGACUGCCAUCGUUAUGCGUUAUGCGGCGGAAUCACAUGGCCCCGUCCUCAUGGGAACUUUCCUCAACGUGCUUUUGUACGGCGUCUCUGUUAUGCAGACAUACCUUUACUGGAACGUAUACAAUCGAAAAGACCCCUUGUAUCUCAGGCUCCUCGUUCUCUUCCUCUUUCUCGCAGACACCGCGCAUACCGCGUUCACGAUGGCGUACAUGUAUAUUGCCCUGAUCAUUCACUACGAUGAUCCUCCGUACCUGCAACAUACGACCUGGGUAUUUGCGACUGAACCUGCCCUCGUGGGCAUCAUUGGCGGCAGCGUGCAGUUGUUCUUCAGCUGGCGUGUGAGGAUGCUAAUUGGUAACACCCUCCUCGCGGGCAUCAUCGCUGCCUGCGCGUGCACUGCUUGCUUAAGUGGCAUCGGAACGGCCAUCUCUUGCAUGAUGAUAUCUGUGUUCUCUGAGCUACAUAGGUCGUUGCCGGUUGUUGGAGUUUGGUUUGGGUCCGCCUCCCUGGCAGACAUCCUAGUCGCAGGGAGUCUGGUGAACUAUUUGCGCAAACAUAGGACGGGGAUCAAGUCCACGGAUACGCAGGUCGACCGGAUAAUACGAUUGACCCUACAAACUGGCGUCAUCACUUCGCUUUGGGGUGUGAUGCAUAUGCUCUUGUAUCUCCUAGAGCAUAAGGGCUGGCAUCUCAUGUUCAACUUCUCGUUGGCGAAGAUAUAUACCAAUUCCUUCAUGUCGAGCCUCAAUAGCCGCCAAGGGUGGCAUUGGCAGACGGAUAAUGUGGCUUCCAGCCAAACGGCUGGACAGAGUGUGAAGUUUCACUCGCUCAGGCAACUGGGGAUACUUGACUUGAGCACCUUUAACGCUACCAAUGCAGAAGCUGGAUCAUCGGAGACGGUGGAUGGUCGAGCCAAAGGCGCUCCUUGCAGCGAAUCGCAUCGCCCCAGCCUCGACGUUUCGCAGGAUACUAUGGGGGGUUCCCGGGAAGUAGUAUAGAUAUGGUUUCUCUGUGGGCGUAGCACUUGACGUAUUUAUACCGAGACAUUGUCCAAUUAGUUCCGUUGCUGGCAA